AUAUUUUCGUAGGGCUUUUAAAGCUGCAAGGGCCAUAAAGUCUGAGCGGCCCGACCUGCCUCGUUUACCGCCUUUUAAACGGUUUGGUGCUAAAUUGACCGACAAAGACACCGCACCACCCUAUCGUCCCGUUUUCUGGCUACCUGUUGGGUUUUUUCUCGACAGAUCGUACUAGAUCGGUGGAAGAUGCGUUGCUCCAUAUGCAGCUGGAUUACGCUUGUAGUAUGGGCGGUUGUGCUCCUGGCUGGCUCCGGGACGCUAGCACAAAGUAUCAAAAUCGGCGUCAGGUAUGAGCGACCAUCGCUUCGAAUACGUAUGAACGUGGGGGCAGAUUGAUGUACACCAGAUCUCCCCAGUUUAUCACUCCAAGGCGACGAUGGGGUCUGGUCAGCGCGCCAAAUCCAAGUGAUGCAGCUGCGUUUAUCGCAGCUGUUGUCUCCAAACGCAGAGUACCCGGUAGUCCCGGCAUUACAGGCUCCCGGGGUCUUCCAAAUCAUCCAGGAUGAUUGCUCAUCCGAGGGCAGCACCGUGCAAGCCGCCAGCGCGAUCGGCUCCGCCAUCAAAUUAGCCUCCGUCUCGCACGUCAACGCCCUCAUCGGCGUGGCCUAUUCGGGCCCUACCACCGCCUACGCAUCGGCAGCGCAAACCUUCAAUCUCCCCGUCUGCGAUGGCGGGAGCACGUCGCCCAGUCUUGCCGACAAAACGCAGUACCCAAACUUUUUCCGAUCCUUGCCUAACGAUAACAUGGCGGGCGAGGCGAUGAUUGGGCUUGUCAAGGGGCAGGGAUAUAACCACGUGGGCGUGAUAUCGGCGGUCGAUUCGUAUGGCGUGGGCUUAUUCAAUUCUGUGCAGAAGUAUGCGGAGCAGUACGAGAUUACGCUGUUGACGACGCAGAGUUUCAUUCCGGAUACGACCAACUUCAAGGGCUUGAUGGAUCAGAUUGAGGCGUCGGGGGCGACCAUCCUCCUUUUUCUCGGCGUGCAUACCGACCUGCUCAAGUGUCUCGCCGAGGCAAAACGGCGAGGGAUGGUGGGACCGGGAUACCAGUGGAUAACAGGCGACGACGCAUUGUACGCCGACUUGGAGACCUUUACAGACGAGGAGCGACUGCUGAUGAACGGCGUGUGGGCGUCGUUUCCAAAAGAAGGAACAGGCGCGCAAUGGGAUGCGUUCACCACCGCUUGGAAGGCACUUUAUGGAGACGAACCCGACUCCUACUCUGGGUUCUAUUCCACUUGCAUCGAGUCGUACGUCUGGGCAUACGACGCGGCGCUGCGAAACGGGACCUCGUUAGCCGACCUCGCAUCCAACACCCACCGCCUCGCCAUGCCCGCGGAUGUUAGUUUUCCCAACCGCACCGGUGUCACGGGCCUUCUAGCGCUAGAUGUGAACAGCGACCGGGUAGCCGCGUACGAGUUGUUCUCCUACGACAUGCACAACAAGGAAGAUGGGGACUUCGGAAAGUUCCUCCCGUUCGGGAACUGGACGGGGAUCUCGGACGUGAAAGAGUUUCAUCAAUUCCAGACGCCGGUGUAUUUCGCGGGCGCCGCGACGAAAGCGGCGGAUGCGCUGGAGAUCGUGAAGGAGUAUCGGUAUAUUGCGUGGAAGUCCGGGACGGGGAUCUUUGCGAUUGUGCUUUGUGUGAUCAGUGUUGUUGUGGCGGCGGGGAUUGCGGGGUUUGUGUUUUCGGCGAGGCAGAGCAUGGUUUUCAAGCCCCUCAGCCCACCGUUCCUGUUCACAACCCUCCUCGGCACCGCCCUAGCCGCCUUCUACCCCCUCACGCUUCUCGGCUACCCAACGAGUUUCUCCUGCACCGCGGCGGUCUGGGUGCUUCCCACGGCUCUAGGCUUAGUCCUCGGAAGCCUGCUGGUCAAAUCGUUUCGACUGUUCCGGAUAUUUUGCGGGCAAGGGUUUGCGGCGAAGAGCAUGCAGAAUCCGAGGAUGUUCAUCUAUUUGGCGACCUGUAUAGGAGUUUAUAUGUUUUUGGCAAUAAUAUGGAGUGUCGUCGACGCCCCAAAACCACAAUGGCAUCUCCAGGAAGAAGUCAGCCGUACCUACUACGUCUAUGAGUACUACUGCCAGUCUAAUUCAGAUGCCUUCCAAUGGAUCCUAUUAGGGUUGGAAUUUGCGUAUACCGUCGCAUUACUCGUCUACGGAGGGUUUUUGUGCUGGGUCAAUCGCAACCUGCCACGAAAAUUCAAAGAAUCCCACACAAUCGGCAACCUCCUCUACACCUACCUCGUCGUCUUCGCCCUAAUCCUCACCAUCCUCUUCGCCCUCUCCCUCAACACGAUCGGCCUCUCUGUCAUCAAAAUCAUCGCCUGCUACGCCGUUAUCGCCUCCACCAUCGGCUUGCUUUUCGUGAAGAACUGUUAUUUGGCCUGGGUUGAGAAACAUCAGAGUGAGGCGGACGACGAUAUAUUAUCGUCGGGCGUCGGCAUGAGCAGCGAUAGAAGGAGGAGCACGAAGGGGGCCGUGAAGCCGGUAGGAGGGGAUCACAACACUAACUUGGCGGUCAAGGCGGGGGCGAGGAAUGGCACAAAGGUGGCAUCGGUCUUCGUCGCCGUCAAACAAUCAUUUAUGACCGUCUGGCUGCCUAAACAGCUGGUCUUAUACGGGGACAAACAGUUCCUCCUAAUUGUCAAUAGCAGCGAUACCGGCCCCGCCGCCAACAGCAACGCACCGCUCUGCCAAUUCAUCCUGCUCCCCGAAUACUCCUUCACCCUCUCCGCAGAGGACGCCAAAGACAUCUUCUGCAUCAAACUCACGCACAAAAAAGACAAAGCGACCUUCUUCACCAUCCGCGUCGAGUCGCAGGCGGAGAUGAAUGAGUGGGCGUCGAAACUGGGGCCGCAUUGUAGGACGGGCACGGGUCAUACCACGAGUGCGGGGUUCCCGUCCAGUAAUCAGAGAGGCGGGGUGUUGUCGAGUGCUGAGCCGACGAGUGAGGAGGUGGUGUGAUUUUACAUAGAGCUGCUACCGAAAUAUCUCCGCACAAGAACAGAGCGCCAUGCGCAACAAUGCUUCAAUUUCGGAGACCGGAUAUAUACCCUCUCUGCCUGCUACGCCUUUGAUAUUCUUUUGGAGAACUGCACAAAACCUAGGUCCUCGUGCAAGCUACUCCGUACCGAUCUCCCCUACCGCUAACGCUACUGCUCAAUUCUUCUUCCCAAAGUACUCCUUGGAUCCGUUCGGAUCUGCCUUCAUAGUGUCGGACCCCUUCGACCAAUUCGCCGGGCAU